GUUAUAUCAAGUCUAGGCUAUAAAUCGAAAAUCGUGUAAGCGUUUCUGUUUAAUAUUCCUACACGACUAGGCUACACCUACCCGGCAUAUGCCUAUUGCAGGCUGAACUUGAAACGCUACUAAGUCCCGUAAACUCCGUGGUGUGGUUGAUUUUUUUAUUGAUUUACCCACCUUUACAAAAGUUUAGUAGUCUAACUAUUUUAAUUGUAACAGAUGGUCGCCUAUACUGCUACAUUGUGCUAGGUGGAAGAAGAUAACGUUGCUUAUCAAAUGACGAAACUGUUCCCGCGCACUGUCUGAACAAACGCUUUACUUACUAUUAAUGAACCAAAAGAAGGACGAUAUCCAGACCAAGUAUCAUCAUUUGAAAAUGGGCGGGAAGUUUACAUAAAAGUCUGAACAAGCAUCUCUCCAAAUAUCAUUGGAUAACCUAACGUUGUCAGAAUAUUUUUUCUUCUCUUUCUCAUCCGGGACUGGUGAGAAAGCAAGUCGGCAAUCAGACGCUACAAAGUUGCAAGCCCUUAUCGAAACGGCAGCCAUGGAUACAGUUGCAGGACAAAAGCAACGCUUUUGAGAGCAGCAGACCAGCGUUUUGGGGAGUUGCACCUGUAGGCUAACCUAUAUUGUCAGUCCCAGAGUGAAGUAGACUAGCGAACGGAGUAGGCUGUCUAUGAAACAGAAUAGUUUAAUAUGGGUUUUUACUCAAGGUCGAAUUGGACAUUGAAUAAUGACUGGAGAGGCAAACAGACUGAGCAGUGCAUCUGCGAGAGGAGACUUGGCAGAAGUUGAGAUGUUAUUACAGAACGGAGCAGAUGUUAAUGCAAACAAUGUAUUCGGCAGGACACCGUUACAGGUGAUGAAACUUGGUAACCCAGCCAUCGCGGAGGCGCUGCUGAGGGCUAACGCAAAUCCAAACGUGCGCGACCAUGUCAGGGGUCUCACUAUCACUCAUGAUGCUGCAAGGGAUGGAUACGUGGACACCCUACGCGUCCUGAUAGAUCAUGGCGCAGACGUCAACCUCUUGGACAACGACGGCAAUCUUCCAUUGCAUCUAGCCGCAAGAGAAGGCUAUCUUGACGUGGUUCAGCUCCUUGUUGGUUGUACGAAGGACGCCGCAAGGCACAACUCCGGAGGCCAUACACCUUAUGAUUUGGCGACUAUGAACAAUAGAGUAUCCAUUGCGCUAUACAUUCAGGCGCACAUGCAUUUAUGAAUAUACAUGGGACAAUCCUGACUGGGAUAAAGAGGUGGAGAGAGAGUAGCAAACAUGUAAUCUACCUCUCCUUUGUUACAAUGUGUUUGGAUGUUUUCAGACAUGAUAGCCUCAAUUUCAACCAUAAAGACUAUCAUGAACUCAGGUCGAGUUACGUUUCCUUGUAACCUGAUAAGAACACAUUCCAUAUAGGUUUUGACUCCAGUUUGCUCUAUUACGAAACAAAUGUGACAAGAUUAUAUGCCACUGGAACUAUAACAAUAAUUUUAAUCCAUUUAAAACUUUUAGGCCCACAACAUUUCCCUAACAACUCAAAAUCUCGAGCGGCAACAUGAUCUUGCGUUUUGGGAUGUUGCCUAAUGUAAGCCUAAUGGCUGGUUAAAGUGAAGAGGAAUUUGUCUUUCAAUUCAAUCCCAAUAAUAUAAUAACUGAAUUUGAGAUGGGUUUAGUAGGCUAUAACGACCAUUUCAAAUGAAACGAGGAACAACAUUGUAUCGUUUAACUUCUCUAGACUGUAACAAUUUAAAAAGAUGACCCUCUUCAUCCAUUGUACUCUUGUGCACCAUAGCAAAUGUCUUAUUUUGUCCCAUUUGUCACGGUUAAUUAAACUCAUGAUAUUUUGACUAAAAAGCUGUAGACUAUACCUUUCUUCUCCUUUUCCAUGCAUACCAUUGGUAAUAAAUGACCAAUCUAAUGGUAGCCUGACUGAUGUGGCGAUUCUCUUCGAUUUUAUUUGCACUUUGUAAAUAGGGAAACAAGUACAUUUUGUAAUGAACUGUGAAAGCAUGCGUUUGCUAAUAUUGCCGUUUUAUUUUGUACCAAAGACAGCAACUGACUACAGGUCUGCAUUGUUUAACCCGUUUGUUUCAUUUUCUGAUUGGCCUGUCAGGUCAAAAUUAGGUUGAAAUAGAAUGUAGACGGCCGUCAUUUUUCUGUGUUGUCUUCUAUUUGAAUAUUGCUAAUCAAUGUUUUGCACUGUUGUCAUUUGUGAGACGAAUAAAUUCAGUUGUCAACUGA